GGCGUUUCCCGUGUGACAUGAACUCUGCCCGUCUCAUCGAGAUUCUGACCGAGUCCUUCAUCGCCCUCUCAGAUGAAGUGCAGUCGCUGAUUGACCGCAAAACCAUUUUGGAACACAAAUUGCGCUAUGCGCACGAGCAGUACCAAUACCUUGCCGACAAGUAUGCGCCUCGGGAAUCCGAAAUCUUUGAGACGUUAGCAAAGCUGCAGCUCCCACCGGAUCUCCAUCCUGCUCCCACCGCGGCUACCUCAGCCGUGCCCUUGCCAAAACGUGUGCAGGGCGGCACCAAUCAACACCAGCUUGCACUGCUCAUUAGGGAGGGCCGAAAAGCUGCCCAUGAGCUUGCGGCAGGCAUAGCCAGUGCGAAGAGAGUCAGCGAAGGCCGGGAGGACAACGAUCAGUCUACAUCACCUGGCAUGGAUAUUUUAACGUCUAUCUCCACAGUUCUCGAAAAGGAUUUCACGGUCGAGGGCAAAAAAGGCGUUUUGGCCUGCCCCUUCUCGGCCAAGCCGAAUCAAGACGGCGGCUCUUCUGGGGGCGCCGAGCGGGUCGACGUCUUUCAGGGCCCGACCGGCGCUGCCGACCCCACUCCGCACAAGUCCUCUGAUCCCAUCUGCGCUGCCAUGCUCGAAGAAACUGCCGACCCAUCUGCUGCUGUCCCUGCCAAGUGUCCGAUUCGUUUCCUUGACAAGCACUCGCCCGAAGAGAUUGCCCACUACGUUGAAACACACAAGCAUGCGAUCCCCCGGAGUCAUGAGGUUUGCGUCCGGCGAUACCAAAGGAACGAAGAACAAAUAAGAAAGCUCGAUGCCAAAUACGGUAGCCUUGUGAACAUGGUCAAGGACCUAAGCCAGCUCCACCGACCGAUGAUGCCACCAUCGAAAGACGAGCAGAAGGAAGCCAAUAGAGCUUCGAGCCAAACAGUAAAAGACUGGACGCAAACAGUUGUGGCCGGUGAUCCGGGGGUCGAUGAAUCGACCGUAGCUGAGGAACGCGAGACUCGUUUUGACCGUCCACUGAGGGAUGUUCGAGUGGGAGAAUCGCCGAGUCGGCCGUGGGGAAUAUCAGUGCCCUUGGAGGCGGGUCUUCAGCAGCGUGAGCCUUCUCCACCCAGACCUGUCGAAGGCCUAGUGCAGGCACAGCAGGAAUCAGCGGCACCCAAGAAGUGCCCGUUCGACCACACCAAGAUGUUCCGGGGGACUGCCACACACGAGAAUCCCGCCCCUGCUCACCUCAAACUCGGGCAGCCACCCACGCCGGCGAGGAAUGAUUUGCCGCCGCCGAGCACGCCACAGCCCACGUUUGUCAAUCUCCCUGAGGGACCGGCGGCAGCCGGAGAGAAGAACGAGCGUCCGCAGGUUGUAUUCAAUAUUUCCGGCCCCGUCUUCAUCGGAUAUCCCAUGGAGCAGGCCAUUGAGUUCAUGAGACAAGUCCAGGGGCGUUGAUUGGGUUUAUAACGUUUCUCUAGGGACAUAGCGAGCAAGGCGUCGGGGAGAGCAUGGCGAAUUACAACUUUAAUGUUACGUAGGAGUGUGGUGCGCAGCUAGGUGAGCAUUAUACUUGAAUGUGAUACCUCACUUCGACGAAGACUGUACAACGUCGUUCUGCAAAACCGUCUAUCAGUUCUAGAGGCCAACCCAACCAACCCAACCAACCCAACCAACCCACCCAACCCAAGCACCGGUCUGUCCAAACGCACCAGAUGCAGAAGACAAGACAAGAGGAAAUAG